AUGGGUUGCCGGAAGCAGCUGUUUGGAGAGAAGAGCAAUUGUAAAGGGGUUGUGACUGAAUCGUCAGCAUCACAGACAAUGCACACAACUAAUGUGGCUGUGGCAGAUGGAAGAUCAGGACAAGGUCACGAUGGGUUACCGGCAUGUAUUUCAGAAGGUGGAACAUCAUCGUGCACACCAGGCCGUAACGAGGAUGUUGUGGCUGGCAUUUCAGAAGCCGAAACAUCAUCCAGCAGAGGCAUGUUCUCACCAAUGGCAAUAGUUACAGAAAGCGAGAACGCUACACUAGAUGCCGAAAAGAAGUACACCCAUAAAGAAGACAUUGAUCCUGCCCUCAUUCCUAGGCCUGGGCUGUCAUUCAGAAACCGAAAAGAGGCCAGGGCUUUCUAUGAAGCGUACACCGAGGAGGUUGGAUUCAAUUUGAGCUAUGGAAACAGUAAAACAUAUUCAUAUAUUAUACAGUGCAGCAAUGAGGGGGUUCAUACUUACUUUAAAAAAAAUGAGGAGCUGCGUGUUAGGAACAAUACCACAAAGAAGACACACUGCAUGUCGAAGAUGAAGCUUAAAAGAAUUUAUGAUGAAAACAAGAAUGAAAUAUCAGUGGUGAUUGAGCAAGUGGAUCUAAUGCAUAACCAUCCAUGUCUUAAAAAGAAAGAAGAAAUAAUAAAUAUGAGAUCACGCAAGGAAAAGGAUCCGGUAUUACUUGAGUUUGUUGAUGACCUCCAAGCAGCGGAUGUCCCGCAUCAUAGUAUACAGAACAUUGUUAGGGACAUGCAUGGGGGAGGUGAGAACGUGCCAAUGACCAGGCGGGAUCUUGAGAACAGGAAGGUGGCUAAUGUGAGGGCAGAACAUGCCAAUGACAUUGCGAAGCUUCUAGAAUUCUUUAAAGACUGCAAGGCGCAGAACCCACAAUUUUGUUGGAUUUGUCGGUGGCAUGUGGUUAACAAGCAUAUGCCGAACCUGAAUGAGAUAUUCAGCCUUUAUGAGAAACAACACUUCAAGGAAAAAUUCAAGUUGAGCAAGACACUUACCAAGAACAAAUGGCCAUUUGAGGUUCAACUAGGAAGGAUAUAUACACGGGCAGUGUUCAGAAACUUCGAAAAAAAAAUGGUCCAUUGCACCGCAUACAACAUAGAGGAUGAUCCAGAGCUAGGCGAGCAUUGGUACAGGGUUUGUCACACGAAUAGGUCAGAAGUGAUAAGCUGGGGACAACACAAGUUCAAAGUGAAGGCAGAUAAAGUCAAUGGGACAUACAGUUGCGAGUGCAGGGAGUGGGAGCACACAGGACUAUUUUGCGUGCACCUUUUGCGUGCCUUCAUUCAUGUCCAAGUAGACAAGAUUCCACGUGAAUACAUUUUUAAACGCUAUACAAGGUUCGCUAGGAGGGAGGUUGACUUUGAUACGAGCGACAAGCUUCUAACCGGGGAGGACGGCAACACACAAAGCUAUAGAACAAAGACUCUAAUACCAAAAGCUAUGAAGGCGGUCAGAUCAGGGAGCAUGUCUAACGCUGCUUACAGAAGAUUGCUCGAAGUUUUAGAAGAUGUCACGAAGGAAAUAGACAAUAUCCCCCCAGACAUUGGUGCAGAAGCGAGGAAGGGACAAGGUCCAUCAAGGACAGAGGACAAUUCUAGAGAUAGCAGCAGCGACGAUGGCAUUGAAGAAGGAAGAUGUGAGGAGACAAGGAUAACACGGAAAAUUUUACCAGCUGCGAAUCAGUUACUACAUGGAGGUUGUUCAAAACAAAUGAAGGCAGCAGAAAUAAAGGAAUCUGGGACCACAUGUAGAGUUGAGGCUAGCCAUGUGCUGGAUUGCAAUAAAGAAAUAGGGAAGAAAAAGGCAGCAGCAGCAACAAGUGAAGAAGGGUCACAACAUGAACAGGAUGUGACAACAUUGAUAAACCUGGUGCCUCCUGAAAAAGCGAAGCCUAAGGAACAAGACAGAGUCAGAGAAGGCAGCAGUAACCCUUGGAGCAUUAGGCGAGAAAUUGGGCACGAGAAAGUGCAAGGCUUGUGGGCAGUACGCUACACAUAA